CACUUCCUUCCCGGGUAAAAAAUAAAAACAUAGCGUGUCUCCAACGCAAAACAUAUGAAGAAGAUAUGGCGUCUUCGUUUCUCCAGAGAUUAGUAGAUCCGAAGAAGAACUUCUUGGCUCGUUUACAUAUGAACUCCGUCUCAAACCGCCUCCGCAAAUACGGGCUUAGAUACGAUGAUCUCUACGACCCUAUGUACGAUUUAGACAUUAAGGAAGCGCUUAACCGGUUGCCUAGAGAGGUCGUUGAUGCUCGAAACCAGCGUCUUAAGCGUGCAAUGGAUCUCUCCAUGAAACAUGAGUACCUCCCAGCUGAUCUCCAGGCAGUGCAGACACCAUUCAGGAGCUACCUCCAAGAAAUGCUGGCUCUUGUGAAGCGGGAGAGAGCUGAGCGAGAGGCUUUGGGAGCUCUACCUCUCUACCAGAGAACCAUUCCUUAAGCAUGUUACUAUCUUUUGUUCUGUAAUAGGAAGGGGCUCUUAAACAAACAUACCAUAGUUAUCUCUCUGUUAUAUUAAUUUUUAGGCGUCGAUUUACCACACAAUUUGCUUUGUAUGGCUAUGUACGGUCUAUGUUUAUGCACGUAUAAGAAUGUAUAAUAUAAGAUGUGUAAAUGUUUCAGGUUGUAUAAUAAGCUUUCUUAAUCCAUG